AUCGCGAGCGAGGUCACACUGCAGAGCAGUACUAAAAUCGACGUUAACAUUUCUGAUCAAUUAAACUAUAGAAAAACCCGGCCGUAGAUCGCACACUGACCGUACCGCCCUUGCCACGCCCACAGCCGCCCACGCCGCCACGCCCCCUGGCGCGGGUCACAUCGAUAGAGAGCCUCUGCGCGCGUGUGUGUGUGCCCAAGGAGAGGAAGAAGACGAAGAAGAAAAAAAAACAGGCAGGCGAAAAGCGAUAAGAAACGGAAUACACUGGAAGAAAAACUGCGAUAAGGAAACGGGGGCAAGCGGAUAUUGCCAAGAUUCUGGGAUGGACUAGUGGGCACCGGCCGGAUCUUGAGCUCAGCGAACAGUGGAAUUAGCAGGGACUAGGAUCUGGAUCAGGAACCGCGACGGGGCCGGGGACAGGAACAGGGAGACACAACAGCCAUGUCCUCCGCCGUGAACAUACAGAUCGUCUCCAUGCCGAAUCUGGCCAAGAUCGAGAGCUUCCUGAAGGAUGUCAGCUACCGGGAGACGAUCGAGUACAGUGCCAAUUUCAACACGCGCCUGUGCAUCGAGCGUCGCCUCCGGCUGCCCUUCCUCGAUCCGCAGACGGGCGUCGCCCAGAACCACUCGCAGCUGUUCCUGGACAAGCGCCAGCGGAUGCCCGGCUUCCGGCAGGGCCAGAUCUACACGUAUCCGGCGGCCCGCUGGCGGAAGAGCCGCCGCCAAUACUUGAGCAAGAUGUACAGUCGCUUUCCGGAGCGUCCCUUCCAGGCGCUACGCAAGGAGCACGAGGCUCUGGUGGCCAGCGGUGUGAACAUGGGUCUGAGCAGCCUGCCCAGCGGCGUGGGACCCCUGCCCGGCAGCAAUAGCUUGGCCAGCAGCUCCUCCCUGACGCUCAACAUGCUCACUGGCGGCGGAGCAACGCCUGCGGUUCUGGGUUCCCUGCACAGCGACACUGCCCACGAUUUCAAUGGGGCCUUCAGCAUGGAGGAGUCCAGCUCACUGGGUGCCGCCGGCGGUGAUACAUCCGACAGCAAGGACAGCCAACAGCAGCAGCAUCAGCAACAACAGCAUCAGCACCAGCAGCAGGCCGUCAAGGAGGAUCAGCUGCCCAAGGAGUGGUUCUACGAUGACAUAGACAUGAACGAUGUGGACUCGCUGGAGGAGCCCAAGUCGCCGGCGGACGAUGAGUACGAUUACGAUCCGCGCUACGGGAACAAGAAGCGGCGCAAGCGACGGCCAGGAAAGCGAGGUGGCGACUCCGCUGGCGGUGGCGGUGGAGGCGGCACCGGUGGUGGUGGCAACUCCGGCGGCAGCUCCAGCUCAAGGAGACGCAGUGCAGCGGUCAGAUCGCGUAUCACCACAACGGAUGCGGCGCUGGACGCCUCGCUGGAGGCCAUCGAGUCCGGUGAGAGUGUGCCGGGCAGCAAUGGCGGCCCAGUCGCCGGCGUUGGCAUCCUAAGCGGCAGUCUGGGAGCCGGUUUGGCAGGUGUGUCCGCGGCCGGUGGCGUUGGAGGCGGAGGUGGUGGAGGAGGAUCAGGAGCCUCGGCCAACAGCCGACGAUCCCGGGGAACGGGGGGAACACGCGGCCGGCGACGAACCAAGGGACCAGGCGGCGCCGUUGGAGCUGCCUGCGAUCCGUCGAGUCCCGGCAUGGUCAUCGAGCCGCCAUCCUUCGAGAGUGCCGCUGCCGCGGUGGGCGUGGUCGAGGACGCGAACGCCCAUCUGCGCAACUAUCGGAAGUAUCUGUAACCGCUCUUUCAACAACCAAUUCGUCGUGUAAUCAAUCAAUCCCCUGUUUUCGAAUUGUUUUCCCUCGCCUAUCGACCGUUUACCUAUUCGCAUAUAAUUUAAAGUUACUCUAUGGACCUUAGUUGACCAGCGACAAAAGAAAAGAAACGAAAAUUAAAAACAA